AUGGCAAAAUACAGGCCCCUUUUGGCAGUAAGGCCAACGCGAUGGCGAUUGGGUGCUCCAACAACGUCAAUUCCAGCUUGGGCACAUCCAAAAAAUAAGAAUAAAAAUUUGAAUAUUAACGAUGACAGCUCUAAUGAAAGCAUUGAAGCAGAUCCUGUUAUAAGUGGUACUCCUGGUGCUACUGAUAUUUCAGUUACAGAAAACGAAACGAUAAUGAAAAUGAUAACGGAGAUUAGUAAUCAUGACACAAGUCAAAACCGUAGUGGCAAUGCAUUUAUGACCACUGAUCAAAUUAUAAAUACUUCAGAGGUCGCAAGUCAAACCUUUAGUGACAAAGGGGUUAUGACCACUACUCAAAUUCCAAAUACUUCAGAAGUCGCAAGUCAAACCGUUAGUGACAAAGGGGUUAUGACCACUACUCAAAUUCCAAAUACUUCAGAGAUUGUAAAGUCUGUAAAUAACACUCGAUAG